CCAUCAGGCCCGCGCCUCCGCUCCUUUGCCCACCUGUCACUUUCUCCGAGCAUGAUCGCAUAGCCCGACGCUUCCCGCAAACAAUCCCUCGCUCGCUAUCUCGAUUAUAGCAUACCAUGGUUGAGAAACGCCCCUCGACCGACGGCCUCGUCGAUAAUGUCGAUCCUCGAGAAUCGCACGAGCUGGAGGAGCUGCCUACAUUCGAGAAGCCAGCGACGGAGCCGGCGCCAUUGCCGUUGAGGGAGAAACUCGUUACGUGUUUUUGGAUUGCGCUGAACACGCUGAGCACACUGGGACUCAUCUUUUUGAGCAAACGCGUCUUCAGCGACAAGCAGCUCAAAGCCUGCCAGCUCAUGGUCGUCAUGUGGCAUUUUACCGCGACAGGCCUCGUCCUCUUCAUCUCCACCCUCGGCCCCUUCCGCGCUUUCAAAGCCGUACGCCUUAAUGUCUGGAACAUGCUGCCCGUGUGCGGUUUCUUCGCGGGAUACGUCGUCCUCGGCAACCUCUCGCUCACCUUCAACUCGAUCGGCUUCUACCAGCUCUCCAAAGUCAUGACAACCCCUACCGUUGUCCUAAUCAACUUUGUCCUGUUCAGGAAGAUGGUCACCCGCUACAUGCUCAUUGCCAUCUUGGCCACCUGCAUUGGUGUAUCCUUCACCAUCAACGAGGCAGCCAAGACACAGCUGUUUGGCAUCAUUAUUGCGACGCUGGCUUUCUGCUCCACGGCUCUCUACCAGAUUUGGAUCGGCAAGAAGAUUGAGGAUUUUGCCGUCAGCCCGCCUCAGCUCCUCCUCAACCAAGCGCCCAUCUCCGUCUGCCUCCUCCUCCCCUUCGUCCCAUUUUUCGACACGCUUCCAGAUCUCAGCAAGGUGCCCACCGACAUCCUCUGGUCCGUCUGCGCGAGCGGUAUCAUGGCUUCCAUGUACAACUUGAGCCAGUUCUUGAUUAUCGGCCGUACGUCGGCGUUGACCUUCAACAUUGUUAGUCAUCUCAAGACGAUUCUCAUUCUGUCCAUUGGCUGGUACAGCGAGGGCAAGAUCCUGAGCCCGCGGGAGUGGUUUGGUGUUUUGCUUGCGCUGGGUGGCGGCUGGGUAUACUCGCAUCUUGCGCUCAAGGCGAAGAAGUAGGGCAAGUUGAGAGCGUUGAAAGAGACGCUGGGCGCCCGAGAGGGGCCUGUUGUAUAGAGUAUGGAGCCGGGGCUCGCGCGGAAGUCUUGUCUUGAGGGACUACUUUGAUGCUACUAGAUAUGCACUGUUUGAAACGCCUGUUUGUAUAUGCGACGCAACGCACAGCACAGCGAGAGAGCGACAUGGUGUGCUUGGAUUUUACGCCCACAAAAACAUUUGACGAUAGAUCACACGCGGUUUGGGGAUAUACCUUCUCUGUUUCUUAUAGGGUCUUGGGGGGAUCCUUCGGUAGACGACAUUGUUUGUCGCACCUGGUCAUAUCUCUAGGUUUUGCAUUUAAUUAGCACGGCGUUGAAUACUCUGAUAAUAUACCUCGAAUGAAAGCAUUGAAACUUCAACUAGCUUGCUCGCUUCCUCUCUGUU